AUGGCAGCCGGUGGCUUAGCAAAGAUGACCGUCGUCUCCAUCGGCGCCUUCCUCGUUGGCAUCGGCAUACCAUACCUCUCAAGCCUUCCGUCUCCAAAACUGGCGUCCUUCAUCGGCGACUUUCCGGUGCCAGACUACCCACUCGCCUUCCCCUUCCUGAAGAACAGGACCGAGUCAGCAGCAAACACGCCUUUCGUCUGCGACACGAUGCACUCAUACCGCACCGAGCUCGUCUCGCUCGAUCCCCUGAUAAUCUACAUCCACGACCUCAUAACGCCCAUCGAGAUCGCUUCACUGCUCGAAACCGCCGAACCCAGAUUUGCCCCGUCCCAGGUGACCAAGCACGGGCGGCAACAACAAACAUCAGACCGGACGUCGAGCUCGGCGGGGCUGCCGCGCGACGACCCGACCGUCGUGUGCGUGCUGAACCGAGCACGCAACUUCAUGGGCACGAUGCUGCGCGACGGAUGGGAUGAGAUGGGCCCGCCGCAGCUGGUGCGGUACACGUCCGGCCAGCGGUUCAAUGUGCACCACGACUGGUUCGACUACCCGCAGUGGGCGGCCGACGGCGAGCGCAAGUGGAACCGCGUGGCCAGCUUCUUCGCCAUCCUGCAGGACAACUGCACGGGAGGGGAGACGCACUUCCCGCACGCCAGGCCCAUAGCACCACCGAGUCCGCGGGGCGAGGCAGCGUGGCAGGGUGGGAGGCAAACGCAAACACGGAGCCAGCAGCAGCAGCAAGAAGAGGAUGACGAGAAGGCGAAACCGCUGUGGAGAGAGCACGAGAAUGGGGGGCUCGCGUUCAGGCCCGUCGCUGGCAACGCCAUCUUCUGGAUAAACCUGCAUAACAAUGGGACCGGAGAUUGGCGGACGGUUCAUGCUGGCUUGCCGCUGGAAAGGGGGUUGAAGACGGCGAUGAAUAUCUGGCCGCGGCAUUACUACCCCUACGAAUGA